UUUUCAGUGCAAAUGCUACAUAAAACACAUCCAAAAUGGGAAAGAGCUUUGCGAUUGACUGUACAAAUAGAUUUGACAAGAAAUCUAAGGUAUAUUUUUACAGACUGCUGAAAGCUACUGAAAAAAAGAAGCAAAUGGAUCACUGCAAAUCACAGAAACAACUGGGCUCCAGGCAGAGAAACGUGGAUUUGCGGUUAUCAUUAUGUGUCAAAAUGGUGGAUUUUGGGGUAAAAUCAUACCCUAUAUAUUGUAUUGUUAUAUAUUGUAUUGACAACUCAUCAAUUAAAUAUUUACCAUCUUAUAUUCAGCAUAAUUGGGUGUUUUUAAACAACUCUCUCAGAGCUCCAUCCAAGGAUAACACUACCUAUUAUGAGAUCAAUCAAUCCUACCACCACAGGAAAUCAUUAAAAACAACUUACCUGUGAUGGAUGAUGACCUCUCAGUCCCUUGUUUCUUGGAAAUAUCCCGGACGAGCCCCCAGCUGUUAUUGUAUAUAUUGAUUGUAAUUAUAUAUAUCAACACAGGCAGAUUUGCUUUAUGUAUUUCCCCGGCGUCGAAAUCAGGCACAUAUAAAUGUCAGGAAACACGAUUUCUGGCUGCAUGUCAAUAUCCAUGGAUUAGGUUUCUUUGACAUGUUAUAAGGAACACUUUUGAGCCCAACCUUUAGUGUAAUCUCUUGUUUUACUCACAGUUUCCCCUAUUAAAUCCAGUCAAGCAGCAGGCUCUUUUGCCACUCAGUCCGCCGGGAAAGUGACGUCUAUGCAUACCCUCUAUUCAUGUUAUCGAUCUGAUUAUAUGUUUUUGUAUUAUAUAAAUUGUAGAUGGAUAUCUCUUCUCAAAAGAAUACAAGAAAUGAAUCAGUCAUUGUGUCAGCUGUUCCCAUGACUGAUACGAGAACUGAAUCACACUAAUUAACAAACAGUUUACAGAGCAAUAAUCAGUACAAACAAAGAUCACAUAGGUAUGAUAUUUUAUAAGCAAAUAUUGCUUUAGAGAAUAAUAGAAUCCAAGGAAACUUUCACCACAAGAACUGUAAUGUUGAUGCAGGUGUAAAUGCACCACUGACAUUCUAAAAAUUCAUUGUUAUUUGUACUUGGAAAACAGAUCUUGUUGCAAUUCUGUUCAUCUGAUAAUGGCAAUCAUGAGAACCUGUCAAUAGCAUAUUUUAAAUGCUUUGUACACCUACGUCAUUUUCUGAAAACUAUCAGGGAGUUAUUUGAAUCUGGUGACUAGUUCAAAGAGGGUGAGCUGGCACAUGCUUGUCUCGUGAAUAUUAAUCUGAUUAUGUAAAAAAGAAACUGUGAUCUUUGCAGUUUCGAAAAUAGUUUGUGAUGCACUUAUCCAGACAAAUCAUUCACAAGUCAAAACUAACAUGUAAACGAAAAUGAUUAGAUUACAAAUGUUUAAAUAACAUUCAAAGAGCAAUUUUAAUCCACAUAAAGCUAUAUAAUUCUAUACCAUAUCAGUGGAUGUAUAGCAGGGAUAUAUUUGUUUUGUGGUUUCACUAGGACAGGUAGCAAGCCACAGAACAGCGAUAAAUUGGACCGAGUGUCAACAGAUUGUGCAUGUUGGCAUUUUCCACUGGUGAAUGAUAACAACCACAAAUUAUGCUCAACAAAACAAUUAAAAAAAAAAAAAAAAAACCUGCACCUUCAGAUUAUAAAAAAAAAACCCUUCUUGACAACUAAACAAGCUUCCUCUUGCAUACAAAGACAAAUUGCCCAUCGCAAAAAGUACAAAAAGUAUAAAUGUCCCUACGGAAUGAUGCAUUUCAAGCAAGGCACGUGUUUUUGAGAAUGUAUGUGCAUGAUCAGUGUGAGUUGACCAAAAAAAAUCUGUUGAACGGACAAGAAAAAUGUGGAAACUGUUGUAAACGUUUUAGAAAAAGAUGCUGCCAGGAAAUAGGUUUUCAAUUUACUGCCAAUCAUUUCAUCAUGUCGCAUAGUUGCUAAUCAGGAUGUCUAAGAAAGAAAUGAGGAAAUUAUGCUCUGCAUAUUUUUCAAGGGGAGUUUUCCCGCAAUGUCCUUUUACAUUAAUGUAAAUGUGCUGCAGUGCAGUCAGCUGCAAUCUAAUCUUAGAUCGAUCUUUAAAAAAACGACUGCUCAUUAGAUACAGGGGACCAAGAAUGAACAGUUUUGAGGGUUAAACUUUAUUUUAGUGCCGUAGUUACAUUGUAAUUACUCAAAUAAGUACUGAGUACUAUUAAUUUACUACAUGUACUUACUAUAGAGUUACAGUUAGGGUUAGGGUUUUUUGUUUAGGGUUAGUAAUUAUGCAUAAUUUGUACCGUAAAAUAAAGUGUUACCGUUUUGACUUCUCUGAGACAUUUUUGCAAUGACUCUUAACCAGCCGCUCUCAAGAUGAUUUUAGUGGAGGUACUGUAGUAUUCUGUGUUCAUUUUGAAAAAUUUUGUAUCAUUUAAAACCUAUAACAAGCUUAUUUCUGUGACACGUUUUGCUUUACAAAGUGUACUAGUACUAUAUUUCUCAUAAUAAAUGACACCUGGUUUCUAAUAUAUCUUUUUAAGUGUGCAUUAAGAACAAAAUACUUCCUGGAGCCACUGUAUCCACUUAUACAUUUUCCAGCAGCCGGUGUUUCAAUAAGAAAACAAAACAGGUUUUUCAAGACAAGAAAAUUGUGGUAUUGUUGUAGCGCAUGCCCUUAAAAAUAUUGUAGUUUAAGUGUAGACAAGCACAAAGAAAAAGACAGACAACACAAGUAGACAAAAACACUGGCAAACAAACAUGUCAACACUGUCGCACUUCAGGUCUCAACAUUCUGUCAAGCAUCACUACAAAUGAAUGGUUUUAAACAUGAUAAAUCGACUCAUUUUAACACUGUUUUUAGCAUGCCAUUUCUAGAUCUAGUUGACAACUAUGUCUCCUAAGGGUGCUGCGAUAGUCAAGACUUACAUAAUUUCUUUCUAAGCUGUCUCUAUUUGUAUAGUGACAUAUUUUCCGCUCAAGUUACUAUUAUGGAGGGAAAUGCGAGAACAUGUUCUAUUUGUGGUGUUGUUUUCUCAUUGUCUGGAAAUGAGAAAAGCAAUCCCAAGUGCCAACUUUAGAUGAACCUGCAGACAGCCAGUGAGUAAGUUUAAGUCCACUUAAACCACAAGAAGUUCUGUCCAACAAAACUGUAUUGUCUAGCAAUAACACAUUACACAAGAACAAUUGUUUCUUUCAGACUACAAUGAGAUUAAAGGGUUAGUUCACCCAAAAAUGAAAUUUCUGUCAUUAAUUACUCACCCUCAUGUUGUUCCAAACCCGUAAGACUUUCGUUCAUCUUUGGAACACAAAUUAAGAUAUUUUUGAUGAAAUCCGAGAGUUUUUUUUUUUUAUCCUCAAUAGAAAGCAAUGAAAUUACCAAUAUAUCCUCCAACCAAUACACCCAUAUAGGUCGUUUGUCACUUUCCUGAAAUACGACCCAUUGGAGCGUUUGCUAAAGUUCCGCCCCUAUCGACAACAGGACACUUUCAUUUUAAUGCAUGAAAUACGACCCAUAGAAGUGUUUACUAAAGUUGCGCCCCUAUCGACAACAGGACACUUUCAUUUUAAUGCAUGAAAUACGACCCAUUGGAGCGUUUGCUAAAGUUGCGCCCCUAUCGACAACAGGACACUUUCAUUUUAAUGCAUGAAAUAUGACCCAUUGGAGCGUUUGCUAAAGUUGCGCCCCUAUCGACAACAGGACACUUUCAUUUUAAUGCAUGAAAUACGACCCAUUGGAGCGUUUGCUAAAGUUGCGCCCCUAUCAACAACAGGACACUUUCAUUUUAAUGCAUGAAAUACGACCCAUAGAAGUGUUUACUAAAGUUGCGCCCCUAUCGACAACAGGACACUUUCAUUUUAAUGCAUGAAAUACGACCCAUUGGAGCGUUUGCUAAAGUUGCGCACCUAUCGACAACAGGACACUUUCAUUUUAAUGCAUGAAAUAUGACCCAUUGGAGCGUUUGCUAAAGUUGCGCCCCUAUCAACAACAGGACACUUUCAUUUUAAUGCAUGAAAUACGACCCAUAGAAGUGUUUACUAAAGUUGCGCCCCUAUCGACAACAGGACACUUUCAUUUUAAUGCAUGAAAUACGACCCAUUGGAGCGUUUGCUAAAGUUGCGCACCUAUCGACAGCAGGACACUUUCAUUUUCAUGCAUGAAAUACGACCUAUAGAAACGUUUGCUAAAGUUGCGCCCCUAUCGACAACAGGACACUUUCAUUUUCAUGCAUUGUUCCCCUUUUAUCUGCAUCAUAUUUCGGGUUUCGCGUAACUCAAUUGGUAGAGCAUUGCAAUAUAUAACAAUAUGCAGUCGUGAUCAUGCGAUCGUGGGUUCGAUCCCAGGGAACGCAUGUGCUCAUAAAGUGUAUAUGCACUAUAAAUCACUAGGUUUAGGUUUAGGGUUGGGGUUGGGGUUGGGGUAGGUGUAGUCGUUAUUAAAAAAAAGAUUUUUGCUAAAUGGAAAUAGGACAAAUAGCGGGUAAGGGACCGUGUAAAAAGUCCACACGUUGCAUUUAAAUGAACACGCAUUUUGAUUGAUAAUGAUGAUCAUACGUCAUUUCAUGACGAAAGACGCAACACAACACUGUCAUUGUUUUCACGCCAGCUAGAGGGCGCAUGACUUUAAAACGUCAAUAGGUUGUAAAAAGGUGCUUGAAAAACGACCUAUAGGGUCAUUUUUUGGAGGAGGACAGUCUCGAAAUUACCACAUUCAAGGUACAGAAAAGUAGUUAUUAUUUUUGUUUUGUUUUUGCGCACAAAAAGUAUUCUCGCCGCUUCAUAACAUUAAAGGGUUAGUUCACCCAAAAAUUUAAAUUCUGUCAUUAAUUACUCACCCUCAUGCCGUUCCAAACCUGUAAGACCUUCGUUCAUCUUCACAACACAAAUUAAGAUAUUUUUGAUAAAAUCCUCCACUGGCCUCCACUGCCAGAUAAUUAACACUUUCAAUGCCCAGAAAGCUACUAAAGACAUAUUUAAAACAGUUCAUGUGACUACAGUGGUUCAACCUUAAUGGUAUGAAGCGACGAGAAUACUAUUUGUGCGGCAAAAACCCCCCAAAAUAACGGCUUUAUGACAAUAUCUAGUGAUUAGCGAUUUCAAAACACUGCUUCAUGAAGCUUUACGAAUCUUUUGUUUUGAAUCAGUGGUUCGAAGCGUGUAUCAAACUGCCAAAGUAGUGUUGUCACAAUACCAAAAUUUUGACUUCGAUACGAUACCCAACUUAAAUAUCACGAUACCGAUACUUAAACGAUACUAUGGCAAAAACCUAAAACAGCAGGAAAAGUAAAUAAAUAACAUAUGACAGAACACUUUGUUGUUGUUUUUAUUAAUAAACAAAAAGCUUCUUCUCAUUUUGCUGUCUGCUGAGACAGAGAGGGAAUGUGAACUGUUUAAACUAAAAAUAAAAAUAUAAAUGAAUUUGUCAGCUGCUGAACUACAUGUUUUAAAAAAUAAAAUGAAUAACUAUUAGUUCACAAUAGAAAGAUUUUUGUCAACAGAACGUGGAUAUGUGAAAACCAUAAUUUUUAUUUAUUUAUUUAUUUUUUUGUCCUAUUUUCUCUUGGACUUAUUUUCUGGACAGUUCUUUGGUCAUUUUCAGGUUCUUAGCCUGGAAAACAAAAGUGUCAAUGUGCUCCUCAGUCAGUCUAAUGCGUCUAGGACUGCAGAUAAAGCCUGAUGUGCUAAACACACGUUCUGAUCAAGACAGAUAAACUCAGCUACUGCUUUGUUUAAUCUUUUUGUAUCUUUUGAGUCUGUCAUAUCUGUGGUGUGCUUGAAAAACAGCUGGAAGGGAGGGCUGCCUCAUCUGCGUGGUGGCUGGUUCUGUUGGCAUCGGUUUGUUUGGCUGUGGGGGUGGGGGAGAUGGAUAAAUUAUGCUAAUGUUUUAACACUUUUAUAAUUUACUUUCUUAGUUUGAUAGCACAGACCUUCACCAAGGAGAUGUAAUGAGUCUUUUGUGUUCAGUCUUCUUUAGCACACCAGUGUGCAGGCUGAUAAUUCUGGAUUUGAACUUUAUUGCCAUGAAGUUACAGACUUAGAUACUUUUAAUGUUUAUCAUUUUCAUGCUCGAUAAAAUUGUAAAUUAUUUGCUGUUAUGCUUUUUUCCUGUUUUUUUUUUUUAUACAUGUAGGUGUUUUUGACAAUGAGUAAGAUUAUUGUAAAUAAUUACAGCAAUGUUAAUAAAGCAUAAAUUGGUUUAAAAUAACUGUAUAUACCCUUCACAUAUUUAUGUAUUUUUAAAUUAAUUUUAUUUUUGCAACCAGAUACACUCAAUAAUACACCUCUUUGCAGAGGUCUGCUUGCACGAGUAAAAUAAAUAAAUAACACUCAUUUAAUGUUUGAGAGCAUAAACAUAAUGCUGGUAUCACAUUCACUAACCUGUCGCUCUUUAAAUUCUUUGUACAAAUCGGGAUGUUUGUCGGCAAGAUGCUUUGCCAAGUUGGAUGUGUUGGCUCCCUUCACUUGCGUUAUUUUGUAACAUCUUUUGCAGACGGGAUUUGUGGUGUCCGUGGGCUUGCCCAGACUGUUGGCAGUGUAAGCAAAAUAAUGCCAUAUUUUUACCUCUCGUUUCGUCACCAUAAAAGCUGUUGCGCAGUUGAGAGGAAUAAACACGCACUCAAUGUUCCUUAGAAGCAGUGUGGUGCACUUCAUACUAAUAAAAUGAAGAACCGGACAGUUUUUAAAAGCAGGGUAUCGCGAUACUUUUCUAAUACCGGUAUAUCGUGCAACACUAUGCCAAAGUCACAUGAUUUCAGUAAACAAGGCUUCGUUGCAUCAUAAGUGUUUCAAAAUUUCAGUGGUUUACCACUGGGGGACGUGUACGCUCCAAACCACUGAUUCGAAACAAAAGAUUCAUAAAGCUUUGAAGCUUCAUGAAACAGUGUUUUGAAAUCACCCAUCACUAGAUAUUGUUGAAUAAAGUCGUUAUUUUUUUUUUUUUUUUUUUGGGUGCACAAAAAGUAUUCUUGUCGCUUCAUAACAUUAAGGUAGUCACAUGAACUGUUUUAAAUAUGUCUUUAGUAGCUUUCUGGGCAUCUGAAAGUGUUAAUUAUCUUGCUGGCAAUGGAGGCCUCACUGAGCCAUCGGAUUUUAUCAAAAAUAUCUUAAUUUGUGUUCUGAAGAUGAACGAAGGUCUUACGGGUGUGGAACGACAUGAGGGCGAGUAAUUAAUGACUGAAUUUUCAUUUUUGGGUGAACUAACCCUUUAAGGUUGAACCUCUGUAGUCAUGUUGACUAUCUUAUCAAUGUUUUUACUACUUUUCUAGACCUUAAAUGUGGUAAUUUCGUUGCUUUCUAUUGAGGAUUAAAAAACAAACAAACUCUGAUUUCAUCAAAAAUAUCUUAAUUUGUGUUCCGAAGAUGAACAAAGGUCUUACGGGUGUGGAACGACAUGAGGGUGAGUAAUUAAUUACAGAAUUUUCAUUUUUGGGUGAACUAACCCUUUAAAUCGAGAACAAAAUGAGACGCUUGCUUAUGUCUCACGCUUCUUACAUUUUUCUUCUGAGAAAAAUAACCCAGUAAUCUCACACGAGAACACCCAAAAAUGAAAACUCUGUCAUAAUUUGCUAACAACUUUGGACCCCAUUGACUUUCAAAAAAAACAAAAACACUUUCAGUUUUCUGAAUUAUUUCAUCUCUUCAAUAAUGUCUCAAACUAUGCUCAGAUUUGUUGCGAUGCCAAAGUCUGCUAUGAAAAGUUAGCAGAUUCCAAAAGCAAAUUCCAUUAGCAAAUUAUGAGCUCAGUAUGCAUUCCAAAUUAAUGUUGCCUAUUAAUACACUUGUGUCUGAUAUUAGAAUUUUACCAACUAUGUUGAUACUUAAAUAAGCUAUGUCUUGGAAAGUGUCUAAAGCUAUAUAUGAAAAAGCAACAUCUGAGCAAGACUAGUGUGAUGUAUAAAACUGAUCAAUGGUCAUGUGAAAAGCAUUUUUUUACUUUAUUUUUAUACACUUCUGAGGGCAAAAGUAAAUAAUUGCCAGUUCGGGUCCUUUUUAAAUCUCAGCAAACAUUAUACAUAUUGUAUACACGCAAUUGUGUGUUUUGCGUGGUUGGUAAACAUGCUACUGCCUGUCAUUUUUUUAAAGCCAAUUUAAGGUCGACUACAAUACUACUCAGAGUAAUUAUCAGCGAUAUUUAUACUCAAAGGUUUUGGCAUCUGUCUUCAGAACAGGAAGAACCUGUCCAACCUAACAUUCCAAACAGGAAGACGGUUGAAUAGAAAUCACAGAGCUAAGAAGCUAUGAUUUCAUUCAAGUGCAGGGAAACGGCAUGUAGGCAUCACAAAGCACUUGUGUGAAACAAACUGUUCGUUUAGUUUGCUAAGGGCCGAAUACUUGGCUAAACUUUCUCUGGAUUACAUUCUUCUCCACUUAGGAGCUAUCCAGCAAACCAUCAUCCUAUUGACAUAAAUCUGAGGAGACACAGGUCAGCAUGAUGGAACGGGACAGCCUGCAGGAGAGGAGCUCAGAACCGGGAGAUGAGAUGACAGAGGAGAGAUUCCUCAAAGACCUCUACCUCUUUAUGAAACAGAGAGACACACCAAUUGAGAGAAUACCUCAUCUAGGCUUCAAACAGAUCGAUAUGUUCCUAAUGUACAAGACGGUAAAGGAGCUAGGAGGCUAUCAACAGGUUACUACGCAGCAGUUGUGGAAGAAAGUUUACAACAUACUUGGCGGAAACCCACGCAGCACCAGUGCAGCCACCUGCACUCGCAGACACUAUGAAAAACUACUUCUUCCUUAUGAGUGUCACCAAAGUGGAUACAGGGACGAUAUUGUCUUCAGGACGCCUCGAUCACAAAAGCGCUUCCAUUCCAGCAGUUACGACUUUGAGCAUGAAUACCCCAGGAACGGCAAACGGGUAGAUUUCCGACACCUCCCGGCAUUCCCUCAGACCUCGCCGAACAUGUUUACUGAGCAUCAGAGACCGGUUUUUAACAUGCCUUUGAACGUCGCUUCAUACUUCCCACACGGCAGUACACCUCUACCCAGUUAUAUCGCACUUCGAGAAUCUGCACUGCCCCACCUAAGCCUCAACCCUUCUCAAGACGUUCCCCGAACACCUGCCUCGUACUUGGGCACGUCCUCUGUGGAGGUUCAGAGCAAACAGCCACUAGAUAGGCUACGCUACCUGGCAAAAGAGUACAAGUCAUCAACCGGUUUGGAGGAACCUCUCAACCUCAGUAGGAAAGAAAACAGUCUUGAGACGCUGAGUGACACGCCAUCAUCUUUCGCCCCACCUCCCUCUAAGAAGCCCAAAUUCCUCAACAAAGCCUCACCUCUUUACCCUCCAAGGGGUUUGACGACCGAAGAAGGUGCAGAACAAGGGGAAACAGUGGAUGAAACUUCCUCAGGAGAAGGAAGUACAGGGACUGUCCGAGCAGGACCGAGCCCAGUGAUGGCUGAUGUCAUUGAUCUCACGUCCAGUGCCAAUCCAGUCCCACGUAGAGCAAGUCCUCCUUCAGUCAAUCUAUUCAAUCGUAGACUAAACUACUCCGAAGCACUCUCUAUGAAAGCACAGGAACGCGACCAAUACGUAGACUGGUGGAAGGAAGAGUCUCCUGGUGCACCUACGCCUAAGUUAGGAGGGAUCUUAAACCAAAGCAAUGCCCAUGGACACCCACCCGUAGAUCCCAAUGGCAAAAUGGAAAUUCAGAUUCCUCUAAAGCUUCUACAGGAGCUCAUUAGGAGAGGACUGGUUUCCAACCAGGCAUUGUCGGGAAACGGGCCUGUUUCUCAAAGCCCAACCAAAGCUGAAGCACAACCCGCGCACAAGUUAUCCAUGCGAUCACAUUCAGAAACAUCCGAGAGUUCCACCACAUGUGAGGAGCCAGCCAAUUUGAGUCUGAAGAGCCCUUUCAGGAACCUUUCUGAUAUGAUCCCUCGAGAUAACGGUAUAAAGAAGCUCCAGAUGUUUCAUGUAAACAGCUAUCUCAAGCACUCUCUGGACAGGGAUAUACACAAGCCCUUUCAACCUAAACAGGCACAAGUUCCUAUGACAAACAACCAUGAAAGCAUGAACGUCAGACCCCCCAGUUUCAGUGAAGACACUCCACUCUCUUUGAUCAUGAAGCAUGGAAGAAAGUCAGAGAAAGUGAUGGCAACAUCUAACAAUGGAGCAAAGGAAAUCUCAACUUCUCCACCUUUGACAUCAGACCACCUCAAAUUCCUUCUGGCACACCUGCCCUAUAGACUGGAUAGUGGGCAGACAUUUUAAGAAUUUGAAAAGUUUUUGACCUUGGUCAAUGCCGUAAUCUUGCCAGAUCAGACUCUCUUAUUGCAUCACUCAAGGAUUUCUGAAAAGAUGAACUGAAAAGAGAAAUGUUGAGGAUGGACAUGACAGAUGCUUUUUAGCGAUUAAACCUUUUGCAUAAAAUGUAUAUAAACAUAAAAAGGGACAACUCAGGGAAAAAAGUUUGUGUUUAGUCUGUAAAUACUCUUAAUUUGUAUGCAAUGGUACAUUUUUGUUAACUUUUUAGCAAGACUCUAUGAAGAAACACUGAUACCUUGGCAGCAAAGCAUAGAACUUUUUUGUAAUUAUUGUUUAUAUUUUAUUUUUAAAAUGGAUAAAUAACCUUGAUUUGUUUCUGUCAUAUUACUUCACAAUUCUUCUUAUUUCUUUAAUGGCAAAAAGAGAUUUAAUAAAUGUUUUUUUAGAAUAA